AUGCCGAGAAGAAAGUGUUGCGAACAUCCAACACGACAUAUCGACUCUCCCGGUGAACCAAAAGUUCAAAGAUCAGUUUCUUUACGACUCGAUCGAUUUAUGCGUGACUGGUAUGAUCUCGGUGAUGUUAAUGUAAGUGGACUCUGUGCGAAAUGCCGCGCAUUCGAGAGCAAGCAGAUGGCAGAAGAUGAAGCGAUGGAUGUCGAAGAGACUAUCAGUCCAAAGGAUGAUAUGUUCAAUGAUGAUGAACAAGACGAAGAAAAAAAAGAAGAAGAUGAUGAUUAUGAUGAUGAUAACAACGACAUUUGUGAUGAAGACGAAAAUAGUGAUGAUGAUUCACUUCACGAACUAACCUAUCAGCAACAAGAAGCAAUGGAAACAUUAUCCAAUGUUUUUCAAAUGCUGAAUAUGAGCCUGAUUCAUGAUCAGUGA